GGGAGGAGCAGGUCACAUCACGUCCACUUGUCUUAUAUCAUCACUAUGGGCCGGCCAACAUCCACUGUUCAGAAAAGCUUGCUGAUGUCACAUAGAGAGGAAUUUUUGUUGCUACGACGUCGGCAGCCACUUGUACUAGGUAAACACUCGAUACCCAGCAUAAUGAAAUACGCGUUCCUCUACUUGCAAUGGCUGAAGGUGGGCGUAACCAUCAUCAGAAGAGAUUCCCAAGAUGAAGGCAGUCGGAGAAUUGUACAUGUGUUUGAGAACGGACGUUGGAAAAGGAACAGUUUUAAUCAGUCACAAGGACAACAACAGGAGAAACGGCAACAGAGACGAGAGCAGCAGCAGCAGCAGCAAGGACAACAUGGACAACAACAGCGUCCAAAACAGUUACGACAAUUGCAGGAACAACAGCUACGGCGGUGGCUCUGGUCAACUUUACAACAUACACGGAUUCAUGAGAGAGAGAGGAACAAAACCUAUGGGAGUUGUUCAUCCCAGCGCUCCACAGGAACUUCUAGGCCCAGCUGGGCACAGAUGAGGCCAAAUUUAUACAAAAAAAGCAAGCACGGGAUUGGCACCAGUAAAGUCAACUGUAAUCAGUUUGAAAAUUUACGUAAGAUGAGUGAAGCCUCGAGAAAACUUAACGAAAGGAAAACGAACAAGGAGCUACACGAUGUAAACAAAUCUGCGUUAGGUCACAUUGUUGUGGCUAACCACGAGGCUGAGAAAUUGACCAAUCACUCAGCCUCACAAGCUAUCUCGUCUUCAAGACCGUCUCACGACCAGGUAGAUGCACUCCAUUUUACAAUACACGACAAUCCAAACAAGUUCAAAAUACAAGGGAAACAUUUCCGAAAGAUAAAUUUUGACAGCUCACAUUUUGAAAGGGUACAUGAUAUUUACUUCAAAAAUAUCGCCAAUGGUCAGAAACGUGUUUCUUCAGCACCUCAUACAAUGGCUUCGGGCAUAAAAUACGAAAAUGCCAAAAGUGACUCGAGUUCCCAUAAUAGAAUCAAGGAUCCAAUGUGGUCUCACUACAUUUCCACGUCUGCCAAUCUGUCCCCAAAAGACCUAGUGAAAAAGGGAAGUACCUCUAACUGUCUUUCACCAUUGUUCAAUUGCUCAUUUCAGGUGCAUGAUCUCCCCAGUACACCAGAUUUUAAGAAAGAACUCUCAAUUGACCCAGAGAGUUCUCCUCUUCAGGCAGUUUUGAAGAUGGAUUUGUUUAGUUCUCCAACAAAAAUCGGUUAUGAUAUCCCAUGUAGCCCUGUUUACGAAAUCCAAGAAAGUGGAGAUGGAAGUUCUGUAGUUCCUCUUUCCCCGUGGAACACUAAGAGUUUUAUCCCUCACAGCCCUUCAUUAUUUUCUGCCAAAACGGCAGAAUUCACUGAAAGACGUUUGGCUAACACACAAAAACUGCCGGGUUCCUUUUGUCCAUAAAUAUUUAGGGAGAUUGAAAUGUUAACUGUAAUGAAAUAAGCCUCUUAUGCCUUGCUCGUGUAUUCGUGGCAGUUGCAGCAUUAUUAUCCCUCAUAGCGAACAAAAAAUACUUCAGGGAUUAAAGAAAGUAAAUUUAUAAAUAGGAGCAUGAAUUAAGGAAUAUGAAUCACACCACGCAUCGUGGAAUCUUUCUCGAGUGAUUAUUUUCUAAGACUUUAUAGUGUAUCCUCUCCAAGAAUGUUAUUGUCUGCUGCUUGCUCACCCUGAGCUA